AUGAAGCUCUUCACCACCGCACUCGCCACGUUUGGACUCAUCGCUUCAACCGCCAGCGCCACGCCAAUGAUGCGCCAGGAAGCCGAGGGUGGCGAUCCAUGCAACCUCACUGGGACAUACAAGGCGGGGACCGACAUCUCGUCCUGCAACACCGUCACUGUCGGGCCUCUCACUGUUCCAGCUGGUGUCACUUUGGACUUGAGCAAAACAAAGGCGGGGGCUGCUAUCAACUUCACGGGCACCACUACCUUCGGUACGGCCAAGUGGGAGGGCCCGCUUGUGCGUGUGAGUGGAAACUCCCUCACAGUUAAGGGCUCCGGCACGUUGGACGGCCAAGACACAACCGUCAGCGGGCUCACGCUUGAUUCCAGUGCCGGCAACGGCCUCGCAAAGAACACGGACGGCUUUGGACUGACCAAGAGCGACCAUAUUACAAUCACCGGCAACAAGAUCUACAACCAGGACGACUGCCUUGCUAUGCAGUCCAGUACCAACACCUUCUUCACCAACAAUUACUGCAGCGGCAGCCACGGCAUCUCCAUCGGAUCGCUGGGCGGCAACGCCGUCGACGAAUCGACAACAGUCGCGGGUCUGACGGUCGAGGGCAACACGAUCGUUAACAGCGACAAUGGUCUUCGUAUCAAGACCGUCAUCGGACUUAAGGGCCUUGUCUCCAACGUGAAGUACCUGAACAACAAGUUGCAGAACGUGGAGAGCGCCAUUGCCAUCCACUCGGACUACAGCCGGUCAAAGGGCUCCUACUCGGGGGCACCGACCAGCCAGGUGACUAUCACUGACAUCACAGUGAACGGUGUCGGGUGCCAAGGGUGUCUGCAAGGAAAAGACUGA